CGAGGUUAAAGAGCAUGAGAGGGGAUGGAGAAAAGACAGUAAGAAGGUAGAAAGACUUUUUUGGAUUGGACCACUUUUUCUUGACUCUGCAUAAUGUGUCACACUGUGUGUAGCUAGUUGGUGUCUUGAGAGGAUCCAUCUUUUUACACACACUGGGAGAGGAGAAUGGGAACUCUUUGCAUCUCCCUUGCUCUUUGCCUACUCUUAUCCACACCUUUGCAAGCUCAAUGGUGGAGUUUCAUCUGGUCCAGCCCAAAGAGUAGCCCUAGUCCCUCUCCUCCAUCCGUAACUUCUCCGAGGUCUUCAGACAUGCCAGGGACAACAGCGUGGGUGGGACGUGAGGACGAGACAACGGGGACCGCUUUCAGUAGUGUGAUCCAGGCUGAGAUGUCUAGUCUUAGCCCUGCAGGGUCUUCCCAGGGGACUCUACCUCCAGAUGUGACUACAGUUGUGAUGAUCAGUAAUGCCAGAUCCCAUUUCAAACCACUGAAACAUUGGAAGAGUGAGCAAAGCUCCGGAAAUCAUCUGGAUUUGACAGAGUUAAUUGGCGUGCCCCUUCCACCUUCUGUCUCCUUCACUGCUGGCUUUGAGGGCUUUCCAGCGUACAACUUUGGGCCCGAAGCCAACAUAGGAAGGCUCACCAAGACCUUUGUGCCAGGCCCAUUCUACAUCGACUUUGCCAUCAUUGCCACGAUCCGUCCAGCCAGCCAAAGAGGAGGCAUGCUCUUUGCCUUUACAGAUGCCCGUCAAAAAGUGGUUGAGUUGGGCUUAGCCCUCACGCCAGUUCACAAAGGUCUUCAAAAUAUCUUAUUAUACUACACUGACAGUGAACAGCCAUCCCAUAGCCAAAAAGCUGCUGCCUUCAGUGUGCCAGACAUGACGGACCAGUGGACACGCUUUACUGUUGUGGUGGAGCACAAUGAGGUGCGUCUCUAUAUGGACUGUGGUGAAGCAGAGAGGACGACCUUCCAUCGAAGGCCGGAAAGACUCAAUUUCUCACACAACUCUGGCAUUUUUGUUGCAAAUGCGGGGAGCACAGGGCUUGAGAUGUUUGUGGGAGCCAUUCAGCAGCUGGUUAUCAAAGACGAUCCAAGGGCGGCCGAGGAACAGUGUGAGGAUGACGAUCCUGAUGCUUCUGGGUAUGCCAGUGGUGACAAUGGUCUGGAUGACAGAGAGACAGAAGAAAUGAUCAAGAAAAGAGAGGGACGGAAACAUGGAGCAGCACAGGGAAACACUGCUCCGCUUCAAGCCCCACCCACACAAGCUCCAACACUGGACAGUGACAAUAAUUCAAGUUACCAGACCUCAAUGGAGGACAGUGAACAAGUCUUCCUCAGAGGGCCUCAUCAGACAGACGAGCCAGGAGAGGCAUCUGAAGAUGUUCUUGUCAAGCACGCUUUAAAAGGUGAACCAGGGGAGCCUGGACUACCAGGCUUACCUGGCUCACCUGGACCCACUGAGCCAGGGUCAAGAGGUCCAACAGGACCACCAGGAAUUCCUGGAAAGCCUGGAAGAGAUGGACACCAGGGAAUGAAGGGGGACAAUGGAGAUCCAGGUCAGAGAGGACCUCAAGGAUUUCCAGGUUUGAAUGGAGAUGCUGGAGUCAAAGGAGAUAAGGGAGACCCUGGGGUUGGCUCACCAGGCCCACCGGGUCUACCCGGGCCUCCUGGACCUCCUAGAUCACACAGUGUACCUUAUGGAGAAGAUGCGCUGGGUUCUGGGUUUGAAGACCUGGAAAGUGAUUCUGAGCUCAUUAGGGGUCCUCCUGGCCCACCUGGGCCUCCAGGACCACCUGGUCCUCCUGCGGCCGAGUCUUCAUCAAUGAACAUUGCUGGAGACCUCUCUCACACAUAUCCUGGGCCACAUGGUGCUCCUGGUAAAAAUGGACUUGAAGGCCAGCCAGGAAUACCAAUGUUUAUGGAUUGGUUUAAUGGUUCUGGGUCUGGUGGUUCAGGUUUGAGCGCAGAGUUGUCCUCUGACCUUGGCUCUGGUUUCAGUUCUGAUUCUGAGUCCGGUUUUGCUUCUGGGUCUGGGCUUGACAUCAGCUCUGCUUGGGUUUUGGGCGAGGGUCUAGCAGGAAAAGAUGGUGCUCCAGGUCUCCCUGGACCUGUGGGAGAGAAGGGUGACAGAGGUUUACCCGGAUCACCUGGAUCAAAGGGUGAAUGUGGAUCUUCAGGCAAUGCGGGGUUAGUGGGACCUCAAGGGCCCAGCGGUCCACCAGGGAAAAGAGGCCCACCGGGUCCACCAGGGCCUCCUGGUCCCCCCAGUCCUGCAGAAACCAAAUUCAUUGUUGAGGAUAUGGAGGGAUCUGGCAAGAGUGACAUGGUGCUUGGAGCAAGAGUCCCAGGCCCACAAGGUUCACCUGGUCUUCCUGGUUUGCAAGGCCCCAAGGGUGAGAAUGGAGCUCCAGGUCCACCAGGGCCUUCCAUCAAGGGUGAAAGAGGGGACCUGGGAGCAGAAGGUUUGCAGGGUCCUGCUGGACUACCAGGUCCAAGGGGGGUUAAAGGUGAAAAGGGUAGGCCAGGGCAAAAGGGUGAUCGCGGUGUGGAUGGGCUUGACAUCACAGGACCACCUGGGCCUCCUGGACCUCCUGGACCCGUCAUUAGUUUGACAGAUUUACUCCUCAAUGUCUCAGAGAAUAUAUUCAACUUCACAGAGCUCAGAGGACCACCAGGGCCAAUGGGACCCGAGGGCUUGCCUGGCAAAGCUGGAUUUCCUGGCCCCAGAGGACCAAAGGGAGACAAGGGUCCUCCAGGCAUCCAAGGGCCAGCAGGGCUCAAGGGAGCAAAGGGAGAGCCAGGUGUGACCAUCGCUGCAGAUGGAUCGCUUUUAUCUGUACCAAAAGGACCCCAUGGACCCAAAGGCAUCAAGGGUGCCCGUGGAUUGCCUGGACCUGCAGGACCCAUUGGCCUACAUGGACCUCCUGGACAAAAGGGAGAAUAUGGGUUCCCUGGUCGCUCUGGAAGACCUGGUAUGCCUGGUAGAAAAGGGGAAAAAGGAGGUUCUGUUGGCACGCCAGGACCCCCGGGUCCACCUGGUACGCCUGGACUUCCAGGAAGAAUUCUUGGAUUGAACGGAACAGUGUUCCCAGUACGCCCCAGACCGCAUUGCAAAAAGGGACCAGAUUCAAAUAAUGGGCUAAAUAUUGUGAAAGCUAAAGGAGAAAAAGGAGAGGUCGGAAUGCCCGGAGAGCCAGGGACACUUGCCCCUGAGUUUCCCGAUGGAAUUGUGGGUGCUAAAGGUGAUCUGGGAUCAAAAGGUCAGAAAGGAGAAAAGGGUGACUCAGGCGCUCCCGGUCCCCCAGGACUACCAGGGCGGUCAGGACUUGUGGGUCCUAAAGGCGAGUCAGUGAUUGGCCCUCCAGGUUCUCCUGGGUCUCCAGGCCAACGCGGAGCCCCUGGAUUUGGACGCCCAGGUCCCAGAGGGCCAGCCGGCCCUCCUGGACCACCAGGACCACAACCUGCAUUUGGAGCAGGUGUUAGUGACCCAGGCCCUCCCGGUCCUCCUGGACCUCCAGGAAUUUCCACCCUGGUAACCACCUAUGAGACGGUUUAUGCUCUGACGAGAGAAACCCACCGUGCUCCAGAGGGAACCUUGGCAUAUGUGUCUGAGAGCGGAGGAGAGCUUUACAUCAGAUCACAGAGUGGAUGGCGCAAAGUUCAGCUUGGAAACUUGAUCCAAUCCGAAACAUCAUCCUCAUCAGCUCCUCAAGCCCACAACAAACCUGGCGAAUGGAGCCGACCACACAGGAGCCACAGCCAAGAGCUGCAUGAGGGCGGGAGAGGAUAUCAGCCCAGUUUUAACAAUCUGCAACAGACUUUCACUGCUGUAGCUGGGCUCCAUCUAGUGGCUCUAAACGCUCCAUUGAAAGGAGAUAUGCGAGGGAUCCGUGGGGCCGACUUCCAGUGCUACCAACAGGCACGGGCAAUGGGACUGACAAGCACAUACAGGGCCUUCCUGUCCUCACACCUCCAAGACCUGGCCACCAUUGUGAGGAAGGCAGACCGUGCCAACAUGCCUGUGGUUAAUCUCAGGGGUGAGAUGCUGUUCAAAAGCUGGAUGUCCAUUUUCUCUGGAAAUGGUGGCAUAUUUGACCCCUCCGUCCCCAUUUACUCCUUUGAUGGACGUAAUGUGCUGAUUGACUCAGCAUGGCCAGAAAAAUUGAUUUGGCACGGGUCCAGCGCUGUGGGAAUCCGUGCAACCAUGAACUACUGCGAAGCGUGGAGGACCGCCGAUAUGGCGGUGACGGGUCAGGCCGCACUGCUUCAGACCGGACGACUCUUAGGUCAACACACCCGCUCGUGCUCCAACCACUACAUCGUGCUGUGUAUAGAAAACACGUACGUGGGGAAUAUACAUCAACGGAGGACCUGAAGAGAGACACAGAAGCACCACCUUAUGAUUAGGAUCAGGUUAACUUGCAGAAGCUGGAUUGUUACAAAUACAUUUGCAUUCACUAGCUUAUUUUUUUUAUUGGCUUUCAAAUAGACAUUGAGGAAAAACAAACAAAACAAAAAAUGCACACAGAUGCUUAUAACCAUUUUUAAUCACAAUUUGUUCCAUCUUAUUUCAAAACAUUCAGUGAUAAACAGUUCAACCUCAGCAUGUCUACUUUUUGUUUUAACAUUUGAGUUACAAUUCAUUUGUAUUAAUUUAUACUGUUGCAACAUAUACUUUGGAACUCUUGUGAGUUCACUUUUAACUUUGAAUGUAUAUAGCCGUGCGUUUAUGUUCUUGUUAAAACUGUAUUUUUUACUUAGUCAUUUUUGUUUGGGCACUAAAUGAUGGAUUGUUUUCCCGCCGCAAGCAUUGAUAGUGGUGCUCACGCUAACAGGCAAAGAAAGUUUGCUUAAAUUUUUUUUUUUCUAUCAUGUCUGAUUUUGUUGUUGAAACAAAUCAUCUGAGGUAGAGAACAUUUGUACUGACUGACUGAUCGUCACUGAAUAAAGAUCUACAUAUUGUUUUUAUUAA